AUGGCUAGAGGGGGUGGCCUUAGGUCACCUCCUCCAAAUGGGGGGCUUGUUGGUGCUGGCAGCAUUGCGGCUGGUGCGGGUGCUGGGAUGGCUGUAGGAGGCGCUGUGGGCACUAGGCAGGCCGCUGCUGGAGCAGCGGGCACAAGGCUGGCUGCGGGGUCCUCAGCUGGUGCGACGGAGGCGCUGCAGGUGACUAAGGGCCAGGUGCAUGCGAACGGCAAGGCAGCGGGGGCCUAUGUGGCGGGGACGAGCUCCGCGCUAGGAGAUGGCAGCGGUGAGGCCUUGGCGAGCGCAGAACAGGCCAUGAAAUUCACCCAAUUGAAAUUCUCACCGGGCAUCAACUCUCCAAUUGCGAAGCCUGCAGCUGUGCGGGAGCUCAUUAUGAGCUCGAUUGGGAUGUCGCCGCUGCUUGGGACGGCCCUGACUAGUGCUCUUACCUAG